UAAAAAUAAAUUUGAUUUGAUCUUUGCUUUUAAGAAUUGAACUGUGAAAUAUACUGUGAAGGCAAUUAUUUUAAAACAGUUACACGUAAAUGGAAACGUUUAAAUUAUGACAACAAAGAAUAUAAAAAAAAAUAUACAAAAAGGAUCUAGUAAUUUAAAUAAAUAAGUAUUUCGAACAGUUUAUUUGUCAACUAUAAUAUUAUCUUUGAAUUAUGGAGAACUUUGAAAAAUUGAAAUGGCUUUAUAAUAGUACCCCAGUGGCUACAGACGAAAAAAUAAAUUUUUAUUAUUCUUUCAAUGAUUGUGGAACGAAAGAUAUUGUGUUUUGUCAUUUGAAUGAAAUUGAUCCAAUGUUAUUAGAUGAUAAUGAAGAAUUGGAUAAUUUGAGUGCUGCAAUGGUAUCUGACCAUAUAAUAGACCCCCGGAACAACAACAUUAUACAUAACUUAACAAAUGAUUUUUCAGAAAAAUGCCGCUUCGAAAGAAGAAGUAAUUUUUUUAAAAAUUUUCCACAGGUAUCUACCUUAUCGAGGGAAGAGCAUAUUGCUUGCUUGCGGUACUUAAAAGCUAAAAAACAAAAAAAAGAACCUAAAGGUGAUGAUGUAAAAGCAUUUGAACAAACUAAAGAUAAACGCGAAGCAGAGUACAAAAUAUAUUCAGAUUUUAUAAGAAGUUACGUUUUAGCAAAUCCGUACAAGUCUUUCAAAGAUUUUGAAAUUUUAUAUAGAAAUAUUUUACAGUAUUUUGAAAAAACAAAUUUAUCGGAUGUUUUUGGUCUUGAAGCUGGAUUGCCGAUUUUAAGUAACAUUACACCAAAGAAUGAGGUUAGCUGGGAAUGUAACCAAACGUUAGUUUCUAUACAAGGAUUCUUUCCUAGUUUAAAAAAAUAUUUUGAUAUUUAUAAAAUAAGGAUAGACUUAGUAAGUUAUUUGAAUAAUUUAGAUGAAUUUCUAUCUCAUCCAUUCAAAAAUAAUAUUAAACACAUAGAUACAGAGUACGAUUUAAGAAUUUCGGAACAGGCUUUAAGCUUAAUCAUGGGAAUAUCUAACGAAACUGACUAUGAAAUUGAAAUACCAAUAGAUAUAAAGAAUAGUCAAAUAACAAUUUUUCAACCUCUUCCAAGCCGGUAUUUUAAUAAUAAUACCAAUACGUUCGUUUUUGAUAUUCUGCUCCGAAAUUUUAUUAAUAAAAGACAUAAAAACUCUUAUAAAAAAUUUGAAAAUGGAUCAUAUUUAACAAUCUCAAAUAAUACAGAAGUAAUUGAUGCAGUUGAUUUAGCUCAAAAUUAUAAACUUCAUCCUAUAGACAAGUAUUUAAAAAAAAGUUAUGUUGAAGAUUUUAUGUCGAAUCAUAUAACCUCUAAAAUAACUCUCAAUGAAUCGAAUACGGAACCGGUAAAUGUGUUGAUUGAUUUCAAAAACAUGGGUUAUCUGGAUGAUAAUAAUAAAAUUGUUAAUUUAAGUUGUAAAUUAGAAUAUAAAAAAAAAUUUGGAUUUGAAAAAAUGACAUCUAAUGAAUUAUUAACCGAAUAUAUUAGAGCAUAUUUUAUACCAAAUUCAUCUACUGUAAGAUAUCGUAUAGAUGCGGACACUUUCGAAGUAGUAGAUUCAUCGAAGGUGACGAAAAAUGAGAUUGCGGAUGAUUUACUUGAGUUGUACAAUAUGAAAAUUUCAGUGUUAUUAAGUAAAUUACAAGAAUUUGUACGCAUGCUUAAAAAUUUUCCUGAUGGAAGUUAUUUUUUAAAAUACAGUCCGAAAUUCAAUGGUAAAUUUUUUGUGUAUGGCAAAAAUAAUUUAGUAAAUGCUAAAACAAUUUCAAUUGAAUCAUUGUAUAAAAAUGUUGGCCUAACAAUACAAAAUAAUUUUAUUCCAAUUGAUAACACGUUAUGCAUUCGUGUUGUGCACGAUGUAUUAAAAAUUAUUCCAGGAUGUUUUCCACCUUGGGGAAAAUGUAAAAAGAAAUCAACUUUUAGUAAUGAUAGAGAUAAAAUAAUCAAAAAAGCCUUAGAUGAAAAAGACAAAAAAGAAAAAACUUUAUUAGAAAAGAAACGAAAAUCGAAACAACAAAAAAAGCGCUUAAAACGAUUAAAGCGACAGAAAAUCAAAAGUAAAAUUGCAAAAGUUGUGGAAGAAGAAGACGAGCUGAAAUAUACUAAUUCAUUAAUUGAAAAAUAUGCUGAAAGUAGGCCUAUUAAUACAGAUUAUUUUACCUUAAGUCAGGAAAACAAUAAAAAAAUAAGUAAAGUAAAUGACGAUUUUAAUCUUGAUAAAUAUUUAUCAGAAGCUGCAGGACCAUCCAGUUGCCAAAAGAAUUUAACACGAGAAGAAUAUUUAGAAAUGAAAAAGACGAAUCAUACCAAGUUUGUAAAUUCUUCAGAGAUUGAAUCAAGAAAAGCUAAUUUAAUAUGUAAAAAUAGCAAUGGAAUAGUAAAAUUAAUAAAUUAGU